GUAAACAGGUACUGCGCAUGCGCAUCGCGUGAGAAGAGUAGCCCUCUCAUCUACUACGUUUAUUUUGAAACGCUUUCCCCGCGAAACACCAAUUACAAACUAACCUUUCCUGUUUCCUCCCUCUCAUUAUUAUUGUUAUAAUAAUAAAAAUGAGUCUAGACACUCUUUUUGAGCAAAUUUUAUUGACAGAGCAGCAGGUGUCAGAAAAUAUCAAGCAGCUUCAUGAAGUUAAAGCUGCCAUCAAGAGUGUACAGGACAAAAUAAACUCCUCGCGUGAAAAACUGGAGGAAGCACAUCGUGAGCUGGAUGAGAAGGCUCAGCUCCUGGCUGAAACCAAACUGCAGUUUGUAUUGAUGACAAAGCGACAAGAUCAGCUGGAAAGGCAGAAAGAGGAACUCCUUGGAAUGCAGAGAGAUCUCAAAGAAAACCUGGACAGACUGAAAAGAGAAUCCUGUGAAGAAAGAGAGAAAUUCUUGAAGGACAUGAUAACUUUCAACAGUGAAUACAACCUAAUCAGCAACAGAAAUGCUGUUUUUCACACCCAAACCCUAUCUAAAAUCCAGAGCUUGGAGCUGGAAGCUGAAACUCUACACAAAGAGAUGGACUUGCUGAAGCAAAAGAACACUUUGCUAAGUUCCAUGGAGGCAGAGAAGAGAUCACUAGAAGCUGAGCUCCAGGAUAUACAAUCACAGCUUACAGAUACAGAGAGAGAUCUGAAGGAAGCAGUGGCUCUGACAGAGAGUUUGAAGACAGAGAGGCUCAUGGUCUGCCAGAAACCCUUGACAGACAGCACCUGUAUUAGACUCAAGAAAGAGCUGGAGUUAUAUAAAGAAGAAGAGCUUGAGCUUCUGCGAGAGACCCUCAGCUCUGAGAUUCACUCCCUGCAACUGAAGUUAUCACAGAAGGGCAUAUUUUGUUGAGAGUGCUUCAGUGAGACUUCAGCGUGUGCUUCAAAAACCCUCUGUGUUUUGUAGGCUUAUAUUACUGUCACUUAUGUUUUGCCUUUAAAUUAUUUAAUUUAGUUGGUCACAGACUUCAUGUACAGUUUAAACAACAUUGUAACAACUAUAGUUUAGAUAUUGCUUAUUUGUACUGUUAAAAAGUUUAACUAAAUGAUCUCUUUCUAGAGUAGAACUGUUCUUGUUAUUAACGCAGAAUCAGUGUUAUAUGCACUGAUUCUGUGUUAUGCAUUCACAUUGCAGUUUUAUCUAAAAUGCUGAUAACACUGGCAUCUAGUGGUUCUGUUGCAACAAUACAUCCCAAAGAGAACAUUUGAAUUAGCUUUUAUCUAUGCUUGCAAAUAAAUUGCGUUCAUGUAAUUUCCAAAAAUAGGCUGCUGCUUUGUUAUUAAAUAUGUCAUUAAACAUUUUGGACACAAAUGGAAAUGGACUAUUUUGGCUGUCUAAAGAAAAUCACACAUGAUUUCUCAGCAUGGUGGAAAUGUUGCACAUCCAGCAAUCAUGUUUAAAAUGAACGGGGGCAGAUUCAUUGACCUCUGGCUAUGAUUGGUAAGAUUGGAUGACUGGUGCACAUCUGCCAUUAAGCUGAUCUGUCUGAUUCUUGUCUCCUCCUUAGACCCCAAUGGGAAGAUUAUUCCACGGAAAUUAAAUCCUCUGAAGCCCUCUUAGUAAUAGGCUGCUUUAUUUUCUCAUUGUCUGAACAUAUUUAAUUGUAUACUGUAAAAUCGCUUAGAGAAACAUGACUAAUGUCUAAAGAUUUUGAAAAUCUCCCCCCAGCAAUUAGAACUGCUAAUACUUAGAA